AUGGUAAGCGGGCCGCAUAGCUGCAACCUGCUUUGUGCAAGAGCUGAAUGGCUGGCCAAGCAAGGCAACCGAGAGCAAAAAAAACCAAGGCAAAGGCGCGUAUUCCUCUGUUCCUUCCUACAAGGCCACCCAGAUGAGAAGUUGAGUUACGACAUGUGCGAUGAAGGAAAGCGUGGCCUUGGAAGAUUAUGGAUAGCCACAUCGCUAAAGACGGCCUCUCCUUCAUCCUUCAAGCAUAAACCUGGUUUUUGGCAUGGCGCAAGCAAGCAAGUACAACCAAUAGAAGAACAUAGCCAGGGAACAGUGGCAGAUGUCAUGAAGUGUCGAAAAGACUCUCAAGAUGAUCGUUACGACGGGCGAACGCAUGCGAGCCACGGUACAGACCCAGCGGAACUCAAAGGAUGA